AUGGUCGCAUUUUCAUCAAUUCCUCUUGAUGCCGAAACAACCGCGUUCCUGGAAAAAGGACUCAAUUUCUCAAUUCAACAUCACAGAAGCCUUCUAGGAGACAUUCUGGUGGAGGUUAUCAAUAUCGCCGACAAGUUCCUUGAGGAGACAAAAGAGAAAAUAGAUGGAACUAAUUCCAAAGAUCUUGAAACAUCAGGAGCCUACACACAGGAACUGAUUUGCUGUGAUACGCAAAACCCUGCAAACGAAUGA